AUGCAUCCCUAUUAUCCCACUACUGCAAUCAUUCCCCAUUAUGUUCCUAACACAAGGACUACCCUUGAAUUACUUAUGUCAGCAGGUACCAUGAUUACCAUGUUGUUAGGUGGUAGUAUUGUGCUUGGCAACGCUAUAUCAAAAUCAACAACAUCCAAGGCACGGUUUUCAUGGUUCUUUUUGAAUAGCUUUAUGCACUGUGGGUUUGAAUUGUAUUGGCUACUCAACCGAGACACACUGGCUGGUCAAGGCGACUUACUUGCCGAGAUGUGGAAAGAAUAUGGUCAUGGCGAUUCGCGUUAUAUAGUUGGGACAGAUGAACUUUUAUUGACUCUAGAAAAAAUGACUAUCUUUAUUUGGGGCCCAUUGUGUAUGGCUUCUGCUUAUUAUAUUCUAAAAGGAUCACCCAAACAAUAUGUGUACCAAUUGCUUGCUUCUAUGUGCCAUCUAUUCAGCUGUACUUUAUAUUAUGUGAUGGAUCUACCUGAAGCAAAGAAUUGUAACCCAAACCCAAUUUAUUUUUGGAUUUAUUUUAUUGGAUUUAAUGCUCCUUGGAUUACAGUGCCUCUUUAUCUAGUCAUUCAAAGUUAUAAGCGCAUUACUGAAGCCAUGAUCACAAAAGUAAAAUCCUCAUAGUGAAAUAUACAUU